UCAACGUUCGAAGACCCGGCGCUGCCUCCGAAGCGCAUACCUCAUUAUCUCGCCUCCGUUGUGAACAGGAUCUUGCAGCUACAAUAACAGUAAACAAGAGCGAGGCGCCAUCAACCCCCACAGACCGGUUUGCUCAGGCAACAUUUCCAAUACGCUUCUCUCCCACCCCACCCUUUCGGCGUUACGCCUUGGCUUUGUUGUUAAGCACCAUCAGCGCCCUACAACAACAUGGACUUAACACCGACAGUCAGCGCCCCUGCGUUGAGCGGCACCAAAUGCGCAUCAUCUUCUUCUCUUCGUAUUCUUGAGAAUCCUCCAAGCAGCGCGGCCGAUGUCGUGGUAAUUUUUAGCCAGCUAGUCACACAUCGAAAACGGCAGGAAGAUUGCUGCGAGCGAUUGAAGGCUGCGAAACUACCGGCGAGAAUCGUCACGUUUGCUUACGAUGCCCAACCGCCUAAUUCCAUGAACAAUGGUACUCAAGGCCUUACGUGUGCUGAAGCAGCCGCGGUUUUCUGCCAUUCGUUAUCCUCAGAGCGCGAGGCCUCCGGAAGAAAGAACGAUCCAAUUAUUUUCAUUACGACUUCGAUCAGCGUAGACUCAAUUAUCCCGAUAAUCUUGGGCGACAGCCUUAGUCCUCUGGCAGAAGAAACAGACAUUAACAGCAUCAUUUCCGCUCCAAUCAAGCGCUCAACCUUUGGCGUACUGCGCCUUCCCGCUUCUCCUUAUACUUAUCGCCAACGAAUCCUCGAAACGGCCAUACUAUCAUCCCUACAAGCGGUCAUCAUCAUUCCGCUACACAUCUACAAGCUCUACUGCGGCAGCCUUUUUGACACGAGCUGGCCGAUCUGGUCAUCAUUACCCGUUAUAGGCUUCGUCAUUACGGCGAGUUUAUCGGAACGCCCCUCUGUCGGGAUACUAUCCUUCUGGAUAGGUAUUGAUCUCAUUAUUCGAGUAUUCCAAGACUCUCCUGCACUACUAUUUGUCCAAAAGGCCCUGAAAUACACUUUGCUGGGAUACUUUGCUCUAGGCUACGUAGAUCUGGCUACGAUGCAGUUUGACGUCAACCGUAAUGAUCGGCUACAAUAGGUGUUCAUCGUGGUCGGCAUUUCGGCAGUCAUCACCAAGCAUUGGCAUUUCGCCACCGCAACUUCGGUCAACCUACAAGCCCUCACCUUACCGUUAGCAGUUACUAUUACGGCUUCCAUGGUCUUUAGCGCAUAGGUGCAUUGGGUCUGGCGGUUCAUUUCGAAUGAUAGAGGAUCGGAAAUGGAAAAGAA